AUGGACUACAGCCACCGGGAAGGCGACCUGUUCAUCGUGACCUACCUGAAGUGUGGCACCACGUGGAUGCAGCACAUCGUGUACCUCAUCCAAAGCGGCGGCGUCCCUCCGGCGAAUGCCUCCCAGUUCCACAGUGCAUCGCCUUACUUCGAGGUGAACGGUUCGCACUGCGUGCAGUGGACGACCCGACCCGGAUCCAUUAAGAGUCACCUGCCACUGCACCAGACGGGCUACUCCCCGGAGGCACGCUACAUUGUCGCGAUCAGAAACCCUUUCGACGUUGUGGUGUCGUUGCACCACUUUUGGCGCAUGAUAUCGUCGUACGAGUACGACGGGGACUUCAACGACUCCUUCGAGAACUUCGUGGAGGGCAGCAUCAACAGUGGGGACUACUUCGACUUCUACAGAGCAUGGUGCCAACGCAUCGAUGAUCCAAACGUGCUUUUUCUCGUCUACGAAGACAUGAGGAAGGACACCGAGGCAGCGAUACUGAAGGUGGCGAGGUUUCUCGGGCACGAGCACGAAGAGCGCCUGUUGGCCGACCAUGGCAGGGUUCUCAAAGACGUGCUCAGGUACAGCAGUUUCGAGGAGAUGAAGAAGUACACGAACAAGAUGAUCCACGACUUUUACGAAGGAGAGUUCCCGUUCCAAGGAGAAGAGUACAAAGGUCUUCGCUACCUCCACGAAAUCAUUCGCCGAGGUCGCGGCUGUGCCACUGGCGACGACGCUGCAUGUUCGGCGGACAAGGUCGACUACGUGCGUAAGGCAGUCGUUGGUGACUGGAAAAAUUAUUUCUCACCAGAUCAGACCAGGCGCUUGAGCGAGAAGUUCCGGCGGGAGACUCGCAACACCCCUAUGGCAAACUUGUGGCCCGAGUUGAACUCUGGCGGCCAAGAGAGCACUUGA